AUGAGCAAGACAAAGGAUUAUUACGAAGGCAAAGACAAUCUAUGGCAUGACGGAUGGUUCGAAAUGUUCCGCAAUGGACAGUGGAUGAGCGACUCGAAUUUCAGCAACACCAUGGUCGCUAACUGGGACAGCUAUCAUCCUUACUCGUGCAAUGGUUGCAAACGAGGAGGCCUACAGAGUCUCAACUUGGUGCGAUGCUCGGGAUGCAAAGUUGUAAAGUAUUGCUGUCGGGAUCACCAAAAGAAGGACUGGUCUACACACAAGAAGUGGUGCAAGGCUUUCAAUAAAGUCAGUGACAUCAAUGACGAAAUUGAUGAGAAGAUCGAUUGGACGGAAUGGAACCGUCGACAAAAUGAAAGAAAUAUAAAGCUCAUGAGCAUUUGGGUCGGAGACUUGAGUCACACUCCCCCCAUACAAAUUGCAUUGGUUCAGCCCCACUGUCGCCAAUGUUAUCGAUCAGGUCGGAUCUCGGGCGUGGAUUUGGUCGUUUGCCCAAGCUGCAAUGGCGUCGCCAUAUGCAAGUCAUGCCUCGGAAAUGAAGAUGUCACUUGGGAAACUUUUCAUAAUGGCGACCAGCAAGAAUGCGAAUUGUACUUGAUCUAUUUAUGCUGUUCUGGAAUGGUGGUCGAAAAAGGGCAGCCUCUUUUGGCAGCCAGCGAUACGAAUUGCAAAGAUACAUUUAAUCCAAAGGAUUGGAUUGAAUAUUUCGAAAAGAAAGGGAAUGAUUUUGAUAUGGGCGUUGGGUUGCCUAUCAGUGCUCUUCGAUUCAUGGCACCUAUUACCUGUUUUCUGACCAAUGGGCUGACGUUGGCAAUGACGACUCAAAUGCUACUGGGGAAAUUGAACUUGCUGAAAAAGUCAGAGUUACGUAUUCAUAUCUUGGGUGGUGCCAGCCACGAAAUUUCGGUUACACGGGCAUUCAUUGAAUUGGGGAGACUGAACCCGCAAUUGAAACGACUCGAUAUAGUGGUGGUAGGGCCAAGCCUACGAAACUAUUCGUACUCAUAUUCUCAUUUCCUUUUUCCAUCUGAAGUACCAUGCCAUUUGGACGGAACCGUAGACCAUGUCAAAGACCUCUACCAUAAUAGCUCUGUUGCCAGCGGUCCGGUUCCCGAUUUGUUUAUGGCGUUUAAUCCUGGAUUUCAUGAUCCAUCCCAUUUCGUGAAUUGGAGGUCAACAGUGGAAUUGGUAAGGACAAGAACGGGAGUUCCUCUUUGCAUCACCGGGCUCAACUUUUCGGAAGUCCAAAAUGACGUUAGGAUACUGAAGGAUAUGGGUUUUCAAGAAAAGAUGCCCCCAACAGCCAACCCAUUUAGAAGCAUGAGACCUUUUCUUGACCCCUCAAGAGAAGAGACUGACUUCAUCUACAACAACAAAGCGUACGCAAUAGUACAAGGUAUUCCCUGA